AUGAAGGCAUCGCGAGCAAUCCGUCCAACAUUGGAAGCCGAGGACCAGAGAGCAUUAGACGUAGGCGUGGUGGAAGCUGCUGCCUUGAAGACAGACGAAUUCGAGAAGUGGCGUCUGAAGCCGAUGCUGUACGAGCAUGAUGAAGAAAAAGAAGCCGGCGCCGAUGAGCCAAAAGAGGACGAUGAUGUUGGUGUUACAAGAAGUGAUGGCAGUAGUGGUACAGAUACACAGCAGCCGCGGACCAGACCGCGCGCCGCAGGACCAAACGUCCGUCCGGCCAGCUGCCCGAUCGGGUUCAUCCUGUUUGAUCGGUCCGCCCAGGACGGACUGGACGCAGAAACGAAAGGACUAUAG